UCGUCUCUUUUCUUCGCUUCCGAUCCCUACUACAGACAGACACACACAGGCUCUGGCUGCUUGCCUUGCUUUGCUGUGCUUUGCCUUGCUUGCUGCUGUCCCAGCAUUGCGAGAGAGAGCGAUAGAGAGCCCGCAGGGGGUGUGUGUCACAUUCCCCACAGCCCCUCCCUUCUCUUCUCUUCUUUCCCUUCUCCCCUGCCCUGCCCUGCCUUCCCUUCCCUUCCCUUCCUCGUACUUCGUCGCACGGUGUCGCUAGUGUAGUCUUCUUUUGGGGUGACGCUGCGUUGGCAGUGUGUUCGACGCAGUGGUGGAGAGCCAAGUACUGUGCUCUCUCUCUCUCUCUCUCUCUCUCUCUUUCUCUCUCUUGAGAGUGGUCGUGGUUCAAGUGGAACUGGAAGGGCCCGAGCCUGGUGGGUGCUAAAACGGGAAGCUUCUGCGGCUCGUGAAGCGCGUUUGGUACGUGUGUGGUUGUUUCUGACAUUUCGAGGUGGAUCCGAGCGAGAAGGGGACGGGAAUUAUCGCCCUCGCAUGUGCAAAGGGUGCGAUAGAGGUGUUGGGGGUUUGAGGCUCGGGGCUGGUCGUAGUGGGUUGUCGUCAUGAAUGUUUUGUAGUUGGAGAUAAGGACCAGUUAGUUUUACCCUGCAUCUGAGUUUUGAGCAGAUCUGUUGGACCUUUUUUUUGUUUUUUGUUUUUUGUUUUUUUUUUCACGUAAAAGGGUGGUUCGAUCUUCUGGGAGGAAACUGCGGGGUUCUGAACUCAUUUUGUAUUGGGUCUCUUCUUCGCCGCGCUAGUGUGAUUUGUUGCUCUGAUCUAGCUUUUGAUCAAGCCAGCAAUUUUACAACGUUGUCUUGCGUCUUCCUCGAAUGUGCACUCCGGAAGCAGAGUUUGACACUUCCAGCCUCAUCACAGCGGGGAGUAGAGAACUGGCUUCUCAUGUCUAACUGGGCAGUUGCAAGGACAGGUUAGACAGGGGUAGUGAACAAUUCUCGAUGCACGUAGUAAAUCUCAUGCAUUAUGAGAAGGUAGUGAUUUCGCAUGUUGAGAGGAAUGCAACUCGGGAGUGAGAAGGAAGCUGGCCAGAAGUAGCCAGUUCAAGAAGAUCGAUCUAAGUGUGGAUUGACCCCACAGUAGGCACACACUUCGUGUUAACCGCCACAAGUAGCCUAAUCAUUCGUAGAUCCUACCAGCUGAUCACAGGAAGAAGCACUAUCGGGUAAUUGAUCCUAAUUGCAUUCCCGAUCUUCUGCAUUCCCACGUACAUACUGCCAGCGCACCCGGUUUAGAAUAAUAAGAACGUAACAAAGACUUUGUUGAAUCCCAAUGCCGACCAACAUGACUAGCUUUGCGAGAACUCUCACCCUUGAGACGAACAACGACUCCUACGCUUCUGGAGAUAACGGAAACGUUGAGUUUGGGAGGCUGAUGGACUUAAAACCACGUCAGAUUGAGACCCAACUUUCUCUCGAUGAGAGGUCUAUCAAUGACAUCAUCUCCUCGGGUCUUUCUUCACCUCGUCCUCCUCGCCAGUUGGAGACUGCGAAGAGUUCUGAGUGCUUGGAAGCGCUGCUUUCUCCCAGCAUCCGCUCGUCUGCCGGCACUCCUCGAGAAUACCAUGCUUUUGAGCCUCAUCCAAUGAUUGCGGACGCAUGGGAAAGGCUAAGGUUGUCCAUGGUGUUCUACCGAUCUAGGCCGGUGGGCACUAUUGCAGCUUUGGAUCCUGAAGAGGAUUCCCUAAACUACAAUCAGGUUUUUGUGAGGGACUUUGUACCCAGUGCACUGGCCUUUUUAAUGAAUGGCGAACCGGAAAUUGUGAAGAAUUUCUUGUUGAGGACUUUGCAGCUUCAAUCCGUCGAAAAAAGGAUUGACUGUUUCACUUUGGGUGAAGGUGUCAUGCCUGCGAGUUUCAAGGUUCUCCACGACCCUGUGCGGAAGACGGAUACCAUGAUUGCGGACUUCGGGGAGAGUGCAAUUGGGCGAGUCGCACCAGUGGAUUCAGGAUUCUGGUGGAUAAUUCUUCUUCGUGCUUACACCAAGUCCACUGGCGAUUACACCCUGGCUGACAUGCCCGACUGCCAAAGGGGCAUGAGGCUGAUUUUAUAUUUGUGCCUAGCGGAUGGGUUUGAUACGUUUCCAACUCUGCUAUGUGCAGAUGGUUGCUGCAUGGUGGAUAGACGAAUGGGUAUCUAUGGGUAUCCAAUUGAGAUCCAGAGCCUGUUUUUCAUGGCUCUUCGGUCGGCUAAGAGUCUAAUCAAGGCCGACGGCGAUGGUAAGGAGUUUUUAGAGAAAAUAGACAAGCGGCUCCAUGCAUUAAGUUACCACAUGCGGGAGUAUUUUUGGUUAGACCACCAGCAGCUCAAUAACAUCUAUCGGUUCAAGACCGAGGAAUAUUCACACACCGCUGUGAAUAAAUUUAAUGUUAUUCCUGACUCGAUUCCGGAUUGGAUUUUCGAUUUCCUGCCAUUAAAGGGUGGUUUCUUCAUUGGAAACGUCAGUCCUGCACGGAUGGACUUCAGAUGGUUUGCUAUCGGUAAUUUCAUGGCAAUCUUAGGGUCACUUGCAACAGCUGAUCAGGCCUCAGCCAUCAUGGAUCUACUCGAAGCGCGAUGGCCAGAGCUUGUAGGAGACAUGCCUCUCAAGGUGUCCUACCCUGCAAUGGAGGGACACGAGUGGCGCAUUAUCACUGGAUGUGACCCGAAAAACACGAGAUGGAGCUAUCACAAUGCAGGAUCUUGGCCAGUCAUUCUUUGGAUGCUGACAGCUGCAUGCAUUAAGGCCGGAAGGCCGCAAAUUGCACGACGAGCUAUUGAGCAAGUGGAGACUAGAUUAUCUGCUGAUGGAUGGCCAGAAUACUACGAUGGAAAGCUUGGAAGAUACGUUGGAAAGCAGGCUCGCAAGUUCCAAACUUGGAGUAUUGCAGGUUACCUUGUCGCCAAAAUGAUGUUGGAAGAUCCUUCCCACCUGGGGAUGAUUGGACUAGAGGAGGAUAAGAAGAUCCAAAAGCCUUCUCUUACUAGAUCUGCAUCUUGGACAGCUUAAGAAAUGGCCAGCUUCAUAGCUUGUCUGUCUGUAAUAGUAUCCUAUCAUAAUUUUUUAAAAUUUGUGACUAAAGUCCGGGUGGGAGAUGUUGCAAUUGGUAGGAGUGGAGCAGAAAGAUAAUCUCCCUUCAAGAUGCCUCUAUCAUUGUCCUUUUGAACAAAGGGAGUUCAUUGGUGGAGUGGCAAUGCAGAAAUUUGCACUGCAAAUUCAUAUGGACAACAGUCCAUUGUCGUAAAAGACGAUGAGAAGGAUCAGCACUGAUGUUAUUCUUCAUCCAAGGAAGGCAAAAAAUGUGUAGGGAAUGGGAAAGUGAAGCGUUGUCGCUGCCAUGGUGAACGGGGGCGGGGGGGGGGGGGGGGGGUUGCAUAUGGGAAUGGAAGAACCGACAUGAACUAAGGGGUCAUCUUUGCUUGAUGGAGUGCCUCCACUUACCACUACUUUUGAAAACCGCUACAAGCGUGGAGAAAUUGAGCUUUCGUGAAGACGUAACACGUUGAUUCAACCCUUGUACCGUUAUUACCUCCUCCUACAGAGAAAGGCGGCUAUAACAUGAGAAGGGUGUGUAAAAUGCUGAAGGACUGGUUUUCAGGCGGGUAAUGCAGACAUAGAAUGCAGCAGUGGUCUCAUGGUAGAGGCCAUAAUAAGCCCUUACUAGACCUUAGUUACUAAUUUUCCCUCCACAGGAAAAGUUCAAUUUUUUUUCACGUGUUAUGGAGAGCUUUCUUUUCAUGGUGCAGCUGCGCGUAUGUUUUGCUGAUCGUGUGCCCUAAUAGAGUUUGCCGGCUACUUUCUCAUGAUUAUCAUA